AUGGUAGACGCGGUUGAGCCUGUCGAGGUCACUGGUGACUCUGGUGCUGCUGCGGGAGCUGAGCCUGGGGGUGCGGAGUCUGGGGGUGCUGAGCCUGGGGGUGCUGUGCCUGGGGGUGCUGAGCCUGGAGGUGUCGAGCCUGGGGGUGCUGUGCCUGGGGGUGCUGAGCCUGGGGGUGCUGUUCCUGGGGGUGCUGCGCCUGGGGGUGCUGUGCCUGGGGGUGCUGAGCCUGGGGGUGCUGAGCCUGGGGGUGCUGUUCCUGGGGGUGCUGAGCCUGGGGGUGCUGUGCCUGGGGGUGCUUCGUCUCGCCGGGAGCCACUCUCCUCACAGGAGCUGCGUGAGUGGUUUGCCCGGCGCUGGAGGCGUGCUGCUGGUGCUGGUGGUUCUUCGGCUGCAGAGGGUACUGCUGCCACGCGUCCUGGCGGUGCUCGUACUGUGGGUGCUGGAGCUGCUGGGUCUGAGAGCUCUCCUGGAGCUGGUACUGCUGAGGGUGUUGGCGCUGAGCCUGCGGUUGGAGGUCCGACUGACAGUACUCCUGGUGCUGCUGCUGGAGGUUCUGGAGCUUCUGGUGGUUCUGCUGGAGGUGCUGCUGGAGUGGGUGCUCCUGACGGGCCUGCUGGUGCUGUUCCUGCUGUUUCUGGCGUCGCCGCGCGGCCCCGACCGUACUUCGUUCCGCUCCUGCAGCAGGUUCUUGGUCUUGCACCUCCUCCUCCUCCUCCCUUAGAGGGUCCGCAGCCUGUCCGGUCACAGCCACAGCUACAGCAUGCCUCCCCUUUGCCUGCUCCUUCUCCCUACGCUGGUCCGACUGGAGGUCUUACUGAGCGUCGUGAGCCUGCGUCUCGUCCUGCGUCGCCUGUUCGUACUGAGCGCGCUAGUGGUCGCGGGUCGCGUCAGCGUCCUCCUCCUGUCCCUGGCACGCACCGGAUGUCACUGCGUCCGUCCACUGCUCCUCUGCGUGCCCCUUUGCCUUCUCCUCCUGCUUCCUCUCUUCCUGCUCUUGCCGACCCGGAGUCGGACUCUCUUCGUGCUGCCAGUCCUACUGUCACGCGUCUCCUUGCUACUGCUGUCACUGACCCUUCCUUCGAGUCGUCUGCUGCGUCUGCCCUUGUCACUGAGCUUGUCGACUUUGCUGCGCGCUGUCGUCUAGACUACGCUGCUCGUCUUCUCACUGAGUCUGAGUCCGCCUGUCCUCCGUCCGUCGGGGGUGAGUGUGCCCUUGGCACGGACGUCCUUGAGGACAGGCAGGAGGAGUUCCAGUGUCUAGCCGCUGCUUCACCUCAUCUCGCGUCUGUACUGCUAGCCCCUGAGGGAGACCCGGAUGCACCAGACAUCCCGACUCCGCGCUCUUACGCGGAGGCGAUAGAGGGUCCCUACUCCUCUCAGUGGCAGGCAGCUAUGGAUGCAGAGAUGGCUUCCUGGAAGUCCACAGGCACCUACGUUGACGCUGUUCCCCCUCCUGGGGCGAACAUCGUCAGUGGCAUGUGGAUUUUCAGGGUGAAGCGGCCGCCGGGUUCUCCGCCUGUCUUCAAGGCGCGUUACGUGGCUCGUGGCUUCAGUCAGCGGCAGGGGGUUGACUACUUUCAGACCUUCUCCCCCACCCCGAAGAUGACCACUCUUCGGGUUCUGCUGCACGUUGCUGCUCACCGCGACUACGAGCUGCACUCUCUCGACUUCAGCACAGCUUUCUUGCAGGGCAGCCUGCACGAGGAGAUCUGGCUGCGCCGCCCACCUGGCUUCACUGGGUCUUUCCCUUCUGGUACCCAGUGGAGUCUCCGGCGUCCAGUCUACGGUCUCCGCCAGGCGCCACGUGAGUGGCACGACACACUGAGGACUACGCUCGCGGCACUUGGGUUUGCUCCUUCUACUGCCGACCCGUCGCUGUUUCUGCGCACCGACACCUCUCUGCCGCCGUUCUACAUCCUCGUGUACGUCGACGACUUGGUCUUUGCCACAGCUGACACUGCUGGACUCGCCUAUGUGAAGUCCGAGCUGCAGAAGAGACACACGUGCACUGACCUGGGUGAACUGCGUAGCUACCUUGGCUUGCAGAUCACCCGGGACAGAGCACGCCGCACCAUUACCCUGACUCAGUCACACAUGGUGCAGCAGGUCCUUCAGCGCUUCGGCUUCACGUACUCCUCGCCUCAGGCCACUCCUCUGCCUACUCGCCACUCGCUCUCAGCUCUGCCUUCGGAUGAGUCCGUAGAGUCGAGUGGUCCGUUUGCAGAGCUUGUUGGCUGCCUCAUGUACCUGAUGACCUGCACACGACCUGACCUCGCAUACCCUCUUAGCAUUCUCGCACGCUUUGUUGCUCCUGGGAGACACCGACCAGAGCACAUGGCUGCAGCGAAGAGGGUGUUGCGUUACUUGUGCAGUACGUCGGGCAUGGGGCUAGUGCUUGGAGGGCGCAGUCCAGUGGUCCUCACUGGGCACGCAGACGCUUCUUGGGCUGACGACCAGGCUACGCAGCGGUCGUCACAGGGUUACACCUUCAGCCUUGGUUCCGGCUCUGUCUCGUGGCGGGCUACCCGCUCGUCUUCUGUUCUCGGCUCCAGUUGUGAGGCUGAGAUCUACGCUGGGGCUAUGGCUGCGCAGGAGUUACGCUGGCUCACCUACCUGCUGACCGACCUUGGAGAGCAGCCUCGUUCUCCUCCAGUCCUGUACGUAGACAACAAGGCCAUGCUGGCCUUGUGUCGAGAGCAGCGACUGGAGCACAGAACGAAGCACAUUGCUCUCCGCUACUUUCUUGCUCGUGAGCUACAGCAGCGUGGACAGUUGCGACUUGCGUACGUGGCCUCUGAGGCCAACACUGCUGAUGUCUUCACCAAGGCACUUGCGCCUUGUGAUCAUCAGCGUUGUUGCACGCAGUUGGGUCUUGUGCCUGUCUUGCCUCACUUGCUCUCCUCUUGA